GCAUGCAUAGCAUGCUGCACUAUCAUUAUUAAAUACGCCCUCUUCUCAGUCUUUAUACUUCAUAAAGUCUGCAAGCUGUGGUAGUUGGUUCUGUCCUUUCUGAAUACUCUUAUUUACUAUUUUUAAAGAGGAAGAGCUGUCAUUUAAGGAAUACAGUUUUUCUGAAAGAGUCUCCUUUCAAUUUGUACAAGUUUACACAGCUGAAACUACUUCAUAGUAAAAUACAAUGUCAACGGAGGCCAAUACCUUUGUAUUUAUGGUGAAAGAGAAUCACAAGAAGAAGAACAGCCAAAAGGAUCGUUCACAACCGAGAAUGUAUGACCUUGAAGGAUACAGAAGAAGAGUGGACUCUGUCAUCUUUAGAAAUGAAGACAGAGAAGAAGUAUUACUAGUCUCGUCAAGAGGGAGUCCUGGCUGCUGGACACUCCCUGGUGGAGGGAUUGAACCAAAAGAGACAUUCAAAGCAGCUGCAGUGAGAGAAGCACUAGAAGAGGCUGGGGUUGUGUGCCAGGCUGCCGAGAGUUUAGGCGUGUUUGAGGAUAAUGAUAAAAUGACAAGAACAGAGGCAAUAUGUCUGACGUAUUGUAGAGACAACAGAGAUGAUGAACAAUGGGCCGACCACCACGAAUGGGGCAGAUCAAGAAAGUGGUUCACCAUAUCAGAAGCAAUAGACAUUCUCUACUCAAGACAAAAGACAGAGAAGAUCUCUUACUUCUCUCUCGCUGGGUGUAGAUCGUUAAACUCUCCAUCGUUACAUGAUUCCUUUUCUGAUUCGUCUACUGUCUCUUCUCUCUCUCCUUCUCCUUGCGCUUCUUUUGGGUCCUCUCUAAAUGACAAACCACUCACAUUAACAGUAUCAUCUUAGAUUUAUAUUAUUUAAAAAAUUAUAUA